UCCGCCCUCAUUUCCCUGAUCCCACCGGGGUUUUGCCCAAACAAACCAACAGCCCCUCCUCCCUCGCUGCUCCUCCACCUCUCCCCCUCCCCGGCGACCGACCGCCCGACGGACCCGCGGCUGCGGCGAGGGACCCCAGCGUUGAUUCAUCCCCGCUCGAUCCGGCGAUGGACGGCGCGUCCAGGCCGCCCCCGCCGCCCGGCGCAGGGGUCCGGGUCCGCGCCCCGCUGGUGGAGUCUGUCUCCUGCUACUGCAGAUUGGAUACAGGCCUUAAAACUGUUGUUGAUGCUAGAAAGUUUGUUCCUGGUGCAAAGAUGUGCAUGCAACCCGAGGUCAAACAAACCAAGCGCAAGUCAAGGGGCUCAAGAAAGGAAAGGUGCAGAACACAAGCACCACUUUUACCUGGCCUUCCUGAUGAUCUUGCUAUUGCCUGCCUUAUACGGGUUCCUCGAGUUGAACACCCCAAUCUCAGGAUGGUUUGCAAAAGAUGGAACCGCCUUUUGUCUGGGAAUUACUUCUACUCCUUGCGUAAGAAAAUUGGAGUGGCAGAAGAAUGGGUUUACGUCUUUAAAAGGGACCGUGAAGGGAAGAUAUCCUGGCAUGCCUUUGAUCCACUACACCAGCUAUGGAAGUCACUCCCACCAGUUCCAUCAGAAUAUUCAGAAGCAUUGGGCUUUGGCUGUGCCGUUCUGAGUGGUUGCUAUCUGUACUUAUUUGGUGGGAAAGAUCCUUUGAGGGGCUCUAUGAGGCGUGUUGUAUUCUAUAAUGCUCGGACAAACAAAUGGCACCGAGCUCCAGAUAUGCUAAGGAAACGUCACUUUUUUGGUUCUUGUGUAAUAAACAAUUGUCUCUAUGUUGCUGGUGGGGAGUGUGAAGGAAUACAGAGGACACUGCAGUCUGCAGAAGUUUAUGAUCCAAAUAGGAACAGAUGGGCCUGCAUUACUGAAAUGAACAAUGGGAUGGUGCCUUUCAUUGGAGUUGUAUAUGAUGGCAAGUGGUUCCUAAAGGGGCUUGAUUCCCAUCGCCAAGUGACCAGUGAAGUCUACUUACCGUCAUCCAAUGCCUGGUCAACAAUCGAUGAUGAGAUGGUCACAGGGUGGCGGAACCCGAGCAUUUCCUUCAAUGGCCGGCUCUAUUCAGUUGAUUGUCGGGAUGGCUGCAAGCUUAGAGUUUACGAUGACAGCACAGGAACAUGGACAAGAUUCAUGGACAGCAAGCAUCAUUUGGGUAGUUCACGUGCCUUUGAAGCUGCAGCUUUGGUGUCACUAAAUGGGAAACUUUGCAUUAUCCGUAACAACAUGAGCAUAACUCUUGUUGAUGUCUCAGACCCAACAAUGAGUGUCGAGACGGAUAGUGCACGAAUGUGGGAGACUGUUGCUCGGAAGGGCCAGCAUAGGUCAUUUGUGGCAAACUUGUGGUCUACCAUUGCAGGGCGGAACUUGAAGAGUCAUAUUAUCCAUUGUCAGGUGCUGCAAGUUUAAGGGCAGUUUAAGGCAUGACCAGACGUUUUAAGCAGGAGCAGGAUCAGAUCAGUGGAAGAACCCUCCAUUAAGAGGUAGUUCAAUUCCAUAGCAGAGUUAAAGGAAAAGCUCGCUGCAGCCCAAGCAAUUUUGUUCAUUUGAGAACUGAGAAUUUCAGUUACAUUCGGCAGCAUUGGAAGACAAUUGUGGGAGAAGGGUUUAGUUAAAAACCAGAAAGGGAGAAGAAACUUCCCUAGUGUAAUGGCAAUCUAUUUGGUGGCAGACUGGGAAUAUUAAUUGGUGCACAUAUCGUUCUAUAAGUUAGGGUCUCCAUCAUAAUAUCUUGUAUCGGGUAACAUCCUGUAUCUUACCGUGUAAUGUUGAUAUAUGUUGUAGGGGCAGGCUAGCUAGACUCUAGGAUUAGAAAAACAGUCAGGAUAAUCCCUACUAUGCUUCAAGUUUUACUUGCAAUGCCUGUCAUGCCUGAUAUUUCGUAUCUAAUCUAUGUGGAUGCUGGAUGGAUUUGUUGUUUUAGGCAUGCUAUUUCGAGUUAUGCAUUUGAUAUC